AAUAUCAGCAACUGUCAGUCAGUCACACACCAAACUUACAAGUUGAGGAAAUCUUACUUUUGUAGCAAAUUCUUGCAUCAAACAAUUCCUGGUUUCCAUAUUCUGGUACUUCCUUUCUUGCAUUGCUCAACUCUUUGGAUCUUCUUCGGUUUUCCGCUUAUAGAGAUAGUGGGAUCGAGUUGUAUAAAUUGUUGCAGACAUGGCCAACAAAGAGGACGUAGAGAAUUCAAGAGAGCCACUCUUUUUGUAGAGAAUGCUGUGCAGAUUUUUCGUCUCCUACUCAGGACGCCAUCACUGAAGAUCCCAGUUUGUCAUUAGCAGAGCCGUCGAUCACUUGUGACGGAUUGGGCAUGGUCCAUGGUGCGAGAAGGAAGGGCGCUGGAUGUCAUUGAAGAUAUGCCAGAGAAGGAUCCACCUGAAGUUUUAGAGAAGUAUGUAUUGGUUGCUGUUCUUUGUUCUCAUCCACAGUUGUAUGCUAGGCCAACAAUGGAUCAGGUUGUAAAAAUGUUGGAAACAGACUUGUCAGUUCCCUCAAUCCCGGAAAGACCAAUUCCCCUUGUGGCCGAGAUUGAUGAUAUAGAAAGAUACUGUAGCUGUGACUCCAUUCAGCUCUCAGUACAGGAGGCUUCCAGACUUACACAUUUGAAAGUAGCCUUCCUCGUGACCAUAAGGGAGAUGGAGAAAGUUCAGGCGGUUCAACAACAGAAGGGAGGUGACUCUGGCAAGAGAUAAAGCAUCGACUCUUUGACAGAGAUUUCCACUAAUUGAGAUUCAGAUACGUUGUGAGAGUUGUAUAAAUCGGGAAGCAUGGCGAUCAGAGAGGAUGUGGAGAAUGUUGUGCAGGAGAACAUAAGGGAGCCACUCAUUAGCGGUACUGGAGAGGGAUCUGGUCAUGGAAGCAGCAAAGAGGAUCAAUGGAUGGUUUACCUGAGCACAUUUGUCGCAGUUUGCGGCUCUUAUGAAUUCGGAUGCUGUGUGGGUUAUUCAUCGCCUACUCAGUCUGCCAUCACGGAAGAUCUCAGUUUAUCAGUGUCAGAGUACUCAGUGUUUGGCUUCAUUCUCACAUUUGGUGCAAUGAUAGGUGUUAUCACUAUUGGACCCAUCACCGAUUUUGUUGGUCUUAAAGGGCCUUUGACUGCUUUCUCUGUUGUAGGUUGGCUUGCUAUUUACUUUGCUGAGGGUGCUUGGGCUCUUGACAUUGGGAGAUUGGCAACUGGAUAUGGAAUGGGAGCCUUUUCAUAUGUUGUACCAGUUUUCAUUUCCGAAAUUGCACCCAAAAAUCUUCGAGGAAGACUAAGUGCCUUAAAUCAGUUAAUGAUUGUUUCUGGAAUCUCUGUUUCCUUCAUAAUUGGGAUUGUAGUAAGUUGGAGGGCUUUAAUAGGACUAAUUCCGUGUGCUGUGACCCUUUUCGGUCUCUUUUUCAUUCCCGAGUCUCCAAGAUGGUUGGCAAAGACAGGACGCCACAAAGAUUUUGAAGUUGCACUGCAGAAACUUCGGGGGAAAAAUGCUGACGUAUCUCUUGAAGCAGCAGAAAUACAGGAGUAUAUAGCAACUCUUGAUGGUCUCCCUAAAGCCAAAUUGCUAGGUUUGUUUCAAAGGAGAUACUUGCCCUCAGUCUUGAUAGCAGUGGGCUUGAUGGUCUUUCAAGAACUGGGAGGAAUCAAUGGUGUCUGUUUCUAUGUCGGUGAUAUUUUUGAGCAAGCAGGAUUUUCUUCCACCAUUGGAACUAUAACGUACGCUAUUCUCCAGGUUGUGGUAACUGGCAUUGGUGCAUCCAUAAUGGAUAAAGCUGGACGAAAGCCCCUGAUUUUGACUUCUGCAUCAGGAUUGCUACUUGGCUGUGUGGUGACUGCAAUUGCAUUCUUUCUCACGGCUCAAGAAUUGGCUCUCAAUGGUGCUCCCGUACUUGCUGUAACUGGCAUACUGAUCUUCGUAUGCGCCUUUUCAAUCGGAAUGGGAGCAGUACCUUGGCUUAUUAUGUCUGAGAUAUUCCCUAUAAAUAUUAAAGGGCAGGCCGGAAGCUUAGCCACGCUAGUGAACUGGUUUGGUGCAUGGUUGUGUUCCUACUCUUUCAACUUCCUUAUGAGUUGGAGCACCUAUGGUACUUUCAUUCUGUAUGCAGCAAUCAAUGCUCUAGCUAUAGUUUUUGUGAUUUUCUUUGUACCUGAAACAAAGGGGAAAACUCUGGAACAAAUCCAAACAGCCAUAAGCAAAGAGAGAAGUGAAGAAAGAUAAAAGAGACGAAAUGGAGAGCAUUUCUGUGGGUAAUUCUCAUCGAGAUGAUGGGAUCUUUUGCAACUCCAUUGCCGAAACCUGGCGGGUGGACUAUGCUUCCAAACAACAAGAGUAUUGUAUGGGAAUGCUGAACUCCUAUUUUCUUUUAAGAAUAAUGAAGUCAAAUGCUGUCGUUUAUGUUUCUAGUUUUGUGCUAAUUUCUUAAGAAUAAUGAAGUCAGAUCCUGUCGUUUAUUUUUCUAGUUUUGUGAUUUUAUUUACCCCGAAAGAGCCGAUAUAGGUGAUAAAAUCUGUAUAUAUUAUUCAAUUUUGAUAUGAGUGUACUUUAUCAGUAACAGUG